AUGUUUCUCCGUGGACUCGUUUUCGUCGCUUUGCUUGGAGUCGGAUUUUGCUUGCUGGGAAUCGGUGAACAACAAUCUGCGUCUGUAACAGGCCUUCUGAAGUGCAAUGGAAAGCCAUAUAGCGGCGCAUUGAUCAAGCUUUAUGAUAAAGAUAAACUCGGAAAAGACGAUCUUUUGGGAAGCUCAAAGAGUGACGCUGAUGGAUCCUAUGCUGCUUCGGGACAUGCUCGUGAAAUCCUCUCGAUUGACCCAAAAAUCAACAUCUACCAUGAUUGCAAUGAUGGAACAAAGCCUUGUCAACGAAAAUUCCACAUCAAGAUCCCCAAGGAUUAUAUCAGCAGUGGAAAGACACCUGAAAAGGUUUUCGAUGCUGGCACCCUCGAAUUGGCCGGACAUUUCCACGGGGAAACGCGUGAUUGCCUCCAU